AACCAGCCUGUGGCUUUAAGAAGCCAGGUUCCAUGAUGGACAGUCCGUCCGCUCAGAGUGAAGUAGUGGAGUAGAAUGCCUGUCAGUGCAGGGACCACGUGUAUCCAACGUCCCAGCGUCCCGGAUGAUACUUGAUAAAGCGCAUGCACGUGAAACAUGUUGUCCCGGCAACUGGCCACAUCGUAGUGACGUCAUCCGGGACGCUGGGACGUCGGAUACACGUGGUCCCUGCACUGACAGGCAUUCUACUCCACUACUUCCCUCUGAGCGGACGGACCGUCCAUCUUGGAACCUGGCUUCUUAAAGCCACAGGCUGGUUAUUUAUUUUUUACCAU